UUUUGCUAGUUCGCGAUUAUUACUUGUACAAUAGAGUUCGACAUUGAUGCUAGUGAAUAGAAGUCAAGUUGUUCUCAUUUUAAUUACUUAACUCAGUUUUUUCAAAGCAGCGGCACAGUACUGACCAGUAUUAUGUCGUCACCAGUUUAUUGUAUUUUAUUGCAUUCACUAUUAUUGUCGGGUGUUUUCGGUCAUAUAAUUGGAAUAUCACCGCAGCCCUUCGAAAAGAAGUUGUUUAUAAGUCAGACUGUUGUAACUGAAACGGAGCAGUUUCCUGGUGGAGUGUUGGUGGAUGAGAAUGGGGUCAUUGAAGCAGUUCUCAAAAAGGAGGCAGUGAAUUUGUUACUGCGCUCCGAGAGGAGCAGUAACUGGAAGAUUAUAGAUGGCGGUUACUGGGCUCUCAUGGCCGGUGGGGUGGACUCGCAUGUGCACGUCAACGAGCCCGGCAGAUCCUCCUGGGAGGGUUAUGUCACAGCCACGCAAGCUGCUGCGGCUGGAGGAAUCACCACCAUCAUUGAUAUGCCUUUAAACUCAAUACCUCCUACAACAAGUCUUGAAAAUCUAAAGAUUAAAGCUAACAUGGCAAAAGAGGAGGUUUUCGUUGAUGUUGGAUUUUGGGGAGGAGUCGUACCCGGAAAUGAAGAAGAACUACAAGCUAUGGUGGAGGCUGGGGUGGUCGGCUUUAAAUGCUUUUUGAUAAACAGCGGUGUGUCUGAGUUUCCUUACGUUACUCCAGCAGAUUUGGAGAAAGCCUUUGUUUAUCUAAACGGCACUGGAACGGUUCUAGCUUUUCAUGCUGAGAUGCAAAUUGGCGAAGAGACCCCUGAAUGCGACGGUCCUGGAUGCCCAAAUCCAGAGUUGUACGAGACUUAUCUGGCAUCUCGACCUGACAUCAUGGAGAUUGAGGCAGCAUCUUUUAUAGCAUCUAAUUUAUAUAAGACUGAUGUUCACGUCCACGUUGUGCACGUAUCAUCUGCGGGCGUGGUGCCUGUUCUGGAGGCGGCUCGGGAAGAGAGGAUAAAGUCGGGGUACAUAGGAUGGCGCGGCGGAGUCACUGCGGAAACUUGUAACCACUACCUCACCCUCAGUUCUGAUCAGAUCCCGCCAGGACACACCGAGUUCAAGUGCGCUCCACCAAUUAGGAACAAUACGAAUAAACAAAAGUUAUGGGAGUACAUUAGGGACCAUAGGUUGGAUUUAGUUGCAUCUGACCACUCACCUAGUGUUGCUGAUCUUAAAGGUGCAAACUUCCUUAAGUCUUGGGGUGGCAUUUCAUCUGUACAAUUUGAUUUGUCGUUGUUUUGGACGCAAGCUAAAGCUCGAGGUCAUAGUCUUAACACCCUGAGCCACUAUUUAUCUGCUGGACCUGCUCGACUCUGUGGUCUGCAGGACAGGAAAGGAUCGCUGCGAUCCGGUCUUGACGCAGAUAUUAUUUUCUUCGAUCCGAAUGCGUCCUUCAUUGUCUCGCCCGAAGUCAUUCGAUACAAAAACAAGAUAAGUCCUUACAUGAACAGUGUUUUGUCGGGAAGAGUUAUGCAGACAUACGUAAGAGGUCAAUUGGUAUACUCAGGUGGCGAGCUUAUUGGAGAACCUAAGGGACAACUUUUGUUAAAUUAUGAUUAUUAACAAAAUAUUUAUUCAGUGCUAUCCAUUAACUUAAGGAAGUAUAAAAUAAAGACUUAAGAUAAUUCUCAA